AUGAUUGAUACAAUAUCAAUAGGGUUUUUGUUUGUCAAUUUUCUCGAAGUUUUGACAGCUGAUUUUGAACUAUCAAUUUAAUAUUCCUUAUACACAUAAAAAAGAAAUGUGAAUGCAGUUUCUGCAAAUACAACUUUUAUUGUUAAUUGUAAAAAUUAAGAUGCUCAGUAUUGUUCAAUUGAAUUAAAUUAAACAUCGGCUAAAACAGCUGAAAUAGCUUUACUUUAUUUAGAAGGAUAAGCACCAUUUUUAGAUAAUAAGGAAGAUUUAAUUUAUGAAGGUAUGGAUUAUGAUAGGUAUUGUUAAUGUUAAAAUUGAUUGAUAGUUAUGUAUUAAAAAAAAGAAACCAUUUUAUUUCGAUACCAAGUUCACCAAAUAAAGUAUAUUUUACAGUAUUAACAAAUAUAUAAAUUUCGUUCGAUAUAUAUUUAAGAGGAUCCUAAACUAUGUUAUGUCCAAAUGAUUGUCAAGGAAAUGGAAUAUGUUUUGAUGGAGAAUGUAGAUGUGAUUAGGGUUUUAUUGGUAGAGACUGUUCAUUGAAAGCUUUAUAAUUAGAAGAGGAAUAAAAUAUAUUUGUAAAUGGUUCUCAUGAUUAAAACUUUUAUUGUUAUUUCGAAUAAAAUGGAACUAAAGAUUUUAGACUUGAAAUAUCAGUAAUUUUAAUAUUUAUGUAGAUACAAGAUGAUGAAAAUGUAGCUUAAGUUUAUAUUCUUAUUCCAGAUUUAGUAUAUUUACCAACAAACUAUUUCUUUAAUGAUGCAGCCAAAAUAACAAAACAUUCUCCUUUUAUUAGAGAGAUUGAUCAGAAGAGUUCUAGUUAUUAGAAUAAUUAAGAUUAAUAUAUUCCUAAUAGAUUAAUUAUUUUACUUCAAGGAGUUUAAUUCAAUAUCAAGUUAGAUUCAAUUUCAAGAGAUUACCAAAGCGAACAAAUAAAAAUUAUUAUUAUUAUUGUUUGUAGUGUAGCAGGUUCUUUAUUAAUUUGCUUUUUAAUCUUUUUAAUUAGAAGAGCAAGAUUGAAAAGAUCUAUGGAAAAAUAAACACCAGAAGAUUAUGAAAUGAGAGAAAAAAAUUUUACAUAUGGAAAAUCAUCAAACAAAAAAGAAGAUGAAUUUGUAACUAUGGAUAAUUAAAUCUAUUCAAAUGAUCUAUAAGAUAAUUGUGCUAUUUGUUUGGAUACACUCUCUAAUACAUAACCUAUCAAAUAUACUCCAUGCAAGUAUUUAUAAAUAUAUGUCUAGACAUGUAUUUCAUACUAAAUGUAUUGAAAAAUGGCUAUAGAAAAAUCAAUUUUGUCCUUUUUGUCGAUAUGAUUUAAAAAUAGACAAUUUAAAAUAAUAAAAAUAGUAACACAUUAAAAUACCAGCAACAAAUUAAAUUAGAAUAAUUAGAAGAAAUAAUUGA